UUUUGUACUAUAAAAGAACGAAAUUUUAUUCCAAAAAUAUCUCCUCAAUAUUCUCUGCUCAGUUCUAAACUUCUCAACAACAUGACCGAUGAAGACUACAACAGUGGAGGGAAUGCUGCUGCAGGUGGUGCGAUUUUGGGACUUGGCACGACGGUGGUAGUCUUCCUUAUGUAUCUUCCCUGCUUCUGUUGUUGUGCUGUUAUUAUCUACAUGCUUGUGCAGUACAGUAAGAUCAAACGGGCAAAGACUGAGGUCGCGCUACUUCAACAAAACUAUAUGGCCAACCAAAGUCCCAAGAAAUGGUUAAGAAGUUCUAAUCAUCUCCGGCUAUAGACGAUAAACAACAAAAGAAGUAAAGAAAUUAUAAAUGAGAGAAGAAAGGAUGUAUUUCUUGAUGGUAAAAUAUAUAAAUAAAUAAUUUUGUUUUGUCUGUUGAAUAUUAAUUUGUUUUUGUUGUUUGUUGUAAGUGUAAAUAAAUAAAAUGUAUUGUGGAAUUUUAAAAAAGUAUAGUAUGAGUAAAGAGUUUGUUGACUUGAUA